AUGGGCGCCCGGCCCUCGCGCAGGCGGACGCCGGCGGACCCGCCCUUAGCCCUGGACGCGCUACCGCCGGAGCUGCUGGUGCAGGUGCUGAGCCACCUGCCGCCGCGCACGCUGGUGACGCGCUGCCGCGCCGUGUGCCGCGCGUGGCGCGCCGUGGUGGACGGGCCGUCGGUGUGGCUGCUGCAGCUGGCCCGCGACCGCAGCGCCGAGGGCCGCGCGCUCUACGCCGCCGCCCAGCGCUGCCCGCCCAGCGGCGAGGACGGGGGGGAGCUGCCGCUGUGCGCCCUGGCGCGCUACUGCCUGCGGGCGCCGCUCCGCCGGAACCUCAUCUUCAACUCCUGCGGAGAGCAGGGCUUCAGAGGCUGGGAGGUGGAACACGGCGGGAACGGCUGGGCCAUAGAAAAGAACCUGACACUGGUGCCUGGCGCUCCUUCCCAGACCUGUUUCGUGACUUCUUUCGAAUGGUGCUUCAAGAGGCAGCUUGUGGACUUGGUGAUGGAGGGGGUGUGGCAGGAGCUGCUGGACAGCGCCCAGAUUGAGAUCUGUGUGGCUGACUGGUGGGGCGCCCGAGAGAACUGCGGCUGCAUCUACCGGCUCCGGGUCCGCCUUCUGGACGUGUACGAAAAUGAAGUGGUCAAGUUCUCGGCCUCACCCAACCCGGUCCUGCAGUGGACUGAGAGAGGCUACCGACAGGUCUCCCACGUCUUCACCAACUUUGGCAAAGGCAUCCGAUACGUGUCUUUUGAGCAGUAUGGGAGAGACACACGCUCCUGGGUGGGACACUAUGGCGCCCUCGUGACCCACUCCACCGUGAGAGUCAGGAUCCGCUUGUCCUAG